AACACGCUACGGUUGAUGAGGUGCUGCUACAUGUAAGCGCCCAAGUUUUAUAGAUUUUUGGUUCCUAGAGAUUGGGCAGGAUGCAUCCUUCACGAUGUAGGUGGGGUCAUUUUUCGUUUCUUCUCCCAAGAGUGGCUUAUAAAUUUCCUACUUCCUACCGCACAGCUUCUUCAUCGCUUCUGCAACGGCAUGCUCAUGUUCUUUCUUGGGAUCUGUCUAUACCAGUCCGGACAUCUUCUUCGGUUGUGCAGGCGAAUUCGUGUUCCAGACACCUGCCCGAAGUAGGCAGAAAUUUCCAGCUUAUCGGAUUCGGAGAUGCCGACUUUAAAGGGACAUCCAAUUCGGAGUCGCCUCAUUGCCUUCUGCUCGGCUCCGUACGGAGAACGUUUGACGGGAAGCGGGUGAGUAAUAUCGGAUAAAUGCAGACCAGUGUUUCUCCUAACGAGCACGCGUGAUAGGUUGCGUCUCCGCUUUACGCGUGUCCACCUCAACUACGGUCCCAAAAUCCAGACUUGCUAUUUUUCGAAGCAUG